AUGAAUAACGCAUUGAUUGAUAACAUCAAAAGCAUACCGCCCGUGACCCGGUUCUUUACUAUAUCAACUGUUUUAGCAUGUCUCGGUGUCACUUCAUUUGAAGCAUUUCCAAAACUCUACAUCAACCUCAAUGCGGUGUUGCAAGACUAUGCCCUUGUACGCUAUGUGAUUCAAAAAGGAAGUACAUUUACGAUAUUGAGAACCAUUUCUUUGGUUGUUAUUGGAUGGUAUCGAUUUGUUACGUCGUUUUUGGUGCCCUCAGGGAUCAUGUCACCAAAUAGGAUCAAUGCGUUAUUUGACACGUAUUUUUUCUACACGUUUUCAAACCACUUGGAGGCCUACGAAGGUAAGUUCAAGGGAAAUUUCCCAGAUUACUUGUGGUUUAUUAUCCUUUGUGGUACAUGUAUUCAAAUAUCCAAUUUGUUCUUGGAUGCUGUAGCGGGAGACUACUCACCCGCCACGUAUUUCCCACAUGAGAAUUUAUUGGCCUGUUUGACAUAUGUUUGGUCAAGAAGCUUGAAGAAUGCAAGAAUUAAUUUGCUUGGACUUGUUCCUAUCAAGGCAUACUACUUGCCUUUGGGAAAUUUGAUUGUGAAAUUGAUUUUGGGUGGACCAGUUGCGUUGAUUGAUACUUUAGUUGGGAUCUUGAGUGGUUACUUGUACCUCUGUGUUCAAUCCAACACAAUGCCAUUGUACAAUUUAUUAUCAGGUGCUUAUGGCUUUAGAAAAAAGAGAAAUGUCGAGGGCCAAAGAGUGGGCUUGACCCAUAUCGACCAACGCGCCAGUUCAAACCUCCACGACUUUAUUGAGGACAGCAUAUACGACAAGGGUUAUCUAAAAGCACCCAAAUGGCUCUACUCCUUGUUGUCAUAUCCAUACCACACCUCAGUUCGUACUACGGCGUUUACCACGGCACCUGGAAAAGUGAACCCUGGAAUAAGAAGGGCCGUACUGCCACAACAACAAGCUGGACCUCAACAUUAUCAACAACAACAGCAGCAGCAACAACAACAACAUCAUCAUCAUCAAUCACAGUCUCACUCGCAUUCCCAAUCAACAGGAAGCUCUACAGGGUACUCUUGGUUUGGAGAGAGUGACGGCGCGUUUAAAGGCAAGGGCCAUAGACUUGGAGGAUGA